CUUCUUCAAACUUCAUGCUUUUUUCUUCAAACCAAUGAACGCUAUGUCCACCGUUCUUUCACAGACGCUCCUCCAUAAUUACUGUAGAGGCAAAUUCAUUUGCCUUCCCAAAACCAGCAACCUUUUACUCAAACCAUACUCUUUAAAUUACCCCUUUAACUCACACCCCAAUGCUACUACCUUCUGCAGAUUCAAGAACCUUCCCACCGUUAAAGUCAGUGGUAACUCCGUUACAGAGACUUCUACCGUCAAAACUUUUGAAUCCAACGACGUCGUAUUCCAGGAAACUUUUCCGUUGAAGCAGACUCAGAGGGAGGAGGGAAAGGUUUUUAUAAGAUUGGAUAAGGGGAAAGAGAAAAAGAGGUGGGAGUUAAGUGUGGGAUGUGAUCUUGCUGGGAAAUGGAUUCUUCAUUGGGGAGUUACUUAUAUUGGUGAUACUGGCUGUGAAUGGGAUCAACCUCCAAAUGACAUGAUACCUCCUGGUUCUAUAUCCAUCAAGGACUAUGCAAUCGAGACACCAUUGAAAAAACUAUCUGAAGGAGACGCAUUUCAUCAAGUGACUAUUGAUAUUGAUCCGAAAAGUGAAAUUGCGGCUAUAAAUUUUGUUUUGAAGGAUGAAGAAACUGGAACCUGGUAUCAACAUAAAGGUAGAGAUUUUAAAGUGCCUUUCGUGGAUUACCUUCAAGAUGAUGACAAUGCGAUUGGCAGAAAAACUGUAUUUGAUUUAUGGCCAGGAGCUUUGGGACAGAUAUCGAAUAAGCUUGACAAGGCAGAAGCAUCACAAUCAAAAGAUCAAGACAGCAAAACUGAAUUCAAGGAGCCGAAACGAGAAAAUAUGCGCCUAGAAGGGUUCUAUGAAGAGCUGGCUAUUGUCAAAGAGGUUGUCACUCAUAACACAGUGAUUGUAUCUGUCAGGAAGUGUCUUGAGACAGCUAAGAAUCUUUUGUAUUUGGAAACUGAUCUACCUGGAGAUGUUGUUAUUCAUUGGGGAGUUUGCAGAGAUGACACUAAAAAAUGGGAAAUUCCAGCUGCCUCACAUCCACCAGAAACAAUUGUUUUCAAGAACAAGGCUUUGCGAACUCUAUUAAAGCCAAGGGAAGGUGGAAAUGGAUGCUGCGAAUUGUUUACAUUAGAAAAGGAAUUUACAGGGUUUGUUUUUGUUCUCAAGCUGAAUGAAAACACUUGGUUGAAAUGUAUGGGAAAUGAUUUCUACAUUCCACUCCCAAGUUCAAGUUCCUCGACUGAUCAACACUCACAAGUCGAGUCUAGUGAUGCAUCAGUACCUGCAAAGACUGAAGAAGCAGACCAAAAAGUUUCUUACACUGAUGGAAUCAUUAGUGAGAUAAGAAGCUUGAUGAGUGACAUAUCCUGUGAGAGAGGUCGAAAGUCAAAAACUAAGGCUGUACAAGAAAGCAUUCUUCAGGAAAUCGAAAAAUUGGCUGCUGAAGCCUAUAGUAUUUUCAGAAGUUCUACUCCAACUUUCGCGGAGGAAGCUGUUGUGGAACCUGAGAUAUCAGUACCUUCUCCUAAAGUAUCCCCAGGGACAGGCACAGGGUUUGAAAUAUUAUGCCAAGGGUUUAAUUGGGAAUCACAUAAAUCUGGAAGAUGGUACAUGGAGCUCAAAGAAAAAGCUGCACAUUUGUCUUCACUUGGAUUUACUGUUAUUUGGUUACCGCCACCAACAGAAUCAGUGUCACCUGAAGGGUACAUGCCCACGGAUUUAUAUAAUUUAAAUUCCAGAUAUGGAACUGUUGAUGAGCUGAAGGAUGUUGUGAAUAAAUUUCAUAAAGUUGGUAUCAAAGUUCUAGGAGAUGCUGUCUUGAAUCACCGCUGUGCGCAGUUUCAAAAUGCAAAUGGUGUAUGGAAUGUUUUUGGUGGUCGUCUAAAUUGGGAUGAUCGGGCAGUUGUUGGAGAUGAUCCCCAUUUUCAGGGCAGGGGCAACAAAAGUAGUGGCGAUAAUUUUCAUGCUGCUCCAAACAUUGAUCAUUCACAAGAUUUUGUUCGGAAAGAUAUCAAAGAAUGGUUAUGCUGGCUAAGAAGAGAAAUUGGAUAUGAUGGAUGGCGGCUUGACUUUGUUAGAGGAUUCUGGGGGGGUUAUGUCAAGGACUACUUGGAUGCCAGUGAACCUCAUUUUUCUGUGGGCGAGUACUGGGAUUCCCUCAGUUAUACAUACGGUGAAAUGGAUCACAAUCAAGAUGCACAUCGACAGAGAAUUAUUGACUGGAUCAAUGCCACUAAUGGAUUUUCUGGUGCCUUUGAUGUCACAACAAAAGGGAUUCUUCAUUCGGCACUGGAAAGAUGUGAAUACUGGCGUUUAUCAGAUCAGAAGGGAAAACCUCCAGGGGUUGUUGGAUGGUGGCCAUCUCGGGCUGUAACCUUCAUAGAGAAUCAUGACACUGGUUCUACUCAGGGUCACUGGAGAUUUCCUCGUGGAAAGGAAAUGCAGGGAUACGCUUACAUCUUAACUCAUCCAGGAACACCAUCAGUGUUUUAUGACCAUAUCUUCUCUGAUUAUCGAUCUGAGAUUGAAACUCUUUUGUCUCUAAGAAAAAGGAAGAAGCUCCAUUGUCGAAGCAUAGUUGAAAUUGUUAAGGCGGAAAGGGAUGUGUAUGCGGCUAUCAUUGAUGAAAAGGUUGCAAUGAAGAUUGGACCAGGUCAUUAUGAGCCUCCUAACGGACCCCAAAAAUGGUCAUUUGUCAUGGAGGGUAGAGAUUACAAGAUUUGGGAAGCAUCUUAAUAUUAUGCAGUGAUAUCAGUUGUGUCUUAAUGUAGAUAAACAAGUAUACAAGAACACCAGAAGAAGAUGGUAUAAUUUUCCUCAAAAGGUGGUGUUCUACAAACCUGAAAUUGUAAGUUCUAUCCGUCAUACUACCAUUCUUUACCUGGCAUUUAUACAAGGGUUAAGAACAUCAGUUACGGGAAGUAUGGAGGCAGCCAGCUAGCAGAUGUGGAAGUAGGGAAGAGGCUUGAGCCUGGAAGAUGGCAAAUUAUACAACUGUUACCUUUUUAUAUGUCUUUGAAAGGGGUCUAAUAAAAACCACAGGUGGUGGUGACAGUAUACCUAGCAAUUAAGUAAUUAAUGUAGAAUUGUUGCAAAAAUAAGUAUUUUGGGUAGGAUUUCAAAAAUCCUACUCAAGAUAGAGAAACAAACACACCCUUGACAUGUUUGUUAGACUAUUUGAAAAAUAUUAUUAUGAAAAAAUGAUUUAUGUUGAGUUGAGUUAAAUUAAAUCAAA